AUGCGGCCAUUGCCAUGGCGGCGGCGUCCGACGCCAUGUCUGGCCUCCCUCGCUUCGGUGCUUCUAUUUGCGGUCACCGUCGAUACCGUCCAGGCCGCCAUUACACUCAACGUUGACGAUCCGAACUCGAUAAAAGCGGCCGCGAAGAUAGCCGCGAACGGGAUGAUGAAGUACUACACAGGCGACAAGCCAGGCGACACACCCGGCAACCUUCCUCAACCAUAUUACUGGUGGGAAGCAGGGGCCAUGUUCGGAGCUCUUAUCGACUACUACUAUUUUACUGGCGAUGAUACAUAUAAUGCAAUGACACAACAAGCAAUGCUCCAUCAGACAGGUCCCGAUCGCGACUUCAUGCCACCGAAUCAGACACGUACGGAGGGAAACGACGAUCAAGGCUUCUGGGCAAUGGCAGCCAUGUCUGCUGCCGAGAACAACCACCCAAACCCACCAGAAGGCGAAGCGCAAUGGCUCGCCUUAGCUCAAGCAGCAUUCGAAACACAAGCCAAAAGGUGGGAUAAUGCUACUUGUGGCGGUGGAUUAAGGUGGCAAAUAUUUACAUUCAAUGGAGGAUACAACUACAAGAACACGAUCAGUAAUGGAUGCUUCUUCAACCUUGCUUCUAGACUCGCAGUUUACACGAGCAACGCGACAUAUGCGCUUUGGGCUGAGACGGUGUUCGAUUGGAUGCAUAACAAGAUCGGACUGAUCGACAAGGACUACAAUUUUUUUGAUGGAAGCGAUGUAUUGCUGCAGUGCAAAGAGUUCGAUCAUAUCCAGUGGACAUACAACGCUGGAGUCUAUCUGGCAGGGGCGGCAAAUAUGUACAACUUCACCGGCGGAUCACCCACAUGGGAAGCCCAUCUUCGCGGCAUAAUUGCCAAUCUCGCGCACUUUAUGCCCGAUCAGUCCUCUCAAAUUCUGGUCGAGACCGCCUGCGAGCCCAUCAACUCAUGUAACGUGGACCAGCGCUCCUUCAAAGCCUAUCUUGCGCGCUGGAUGGCCAUGGCUGCGGUCAAAGCUCCAGCCUUUGCGCCGCAGAUCAAAGCAAUACUGCGCGCAAACGCUCUCGCAGCCGCAAAAACCUGCACUGGAGGCGAAGAUGGCAAUCAGUGCGGGCUAAAAUGGACGGAAGGAGUUUGGGAUGGGCAGCUCGGGGUAGGAGAGCAGAUGUCUGCGCUGGAGAUCUUUCAAGCGAAUUUGAUUGAUUAUGUCCCAGGCCCAGUCAAUGCGGAGAGCGGAACGAGCAAGGGCGAUCCCAAUGCUGGACAAGGAAGCAAGGUCGGUCCGGGGGACCUUCAUCGGAGUAAAGUGACAACGGCAGACAAGGUCGGCGCAGGUGCAUUGACAUUGGGAGUCUGUGGGUUGUUUCUCGGAGGCGUCGUGUGGUUGGCGAUUUAG